GGAUGCCGCAGGAAUGAGGGGAACUUCUACUAGUUACUACGCUGGAGCAGUCGAGCACGUGACCCAAACGGCCAUGCGGGGAUCGCUCGUUUUUUACAGACCCUGGCGUAUUGUCCGUCACAGUAUUACCGCCUGACAGUACCGCCCACGGCUAUGAUGAAACCGUUUCCGCAUCGGGAAUGGCGCGACCCGCCAGCGCGCAGUCGAGAUUCCUUUGGAUUUCUCGGCAAGCAUCCGACACCUUCAACCACCAGAAUUCUUGUUCAGCGGCGUCGACUUCAUCCCACAUCACCAAAUCCUGCUCCGAACGGCCAGGUGGCGCGCCAGUAAAGAACUUCAUGUUGUGGGUUUCCUAGAAUACCCUCUUCAUGAUGGAUCUUUCCAGGCUCACUCGCCCGGCCAUCCUGUGCCAGUGUUCUCGUUGCUCGAGUUCGCUGGCCGCGCUCGAAAACGAAUGGGCCAAAGUCUCCAACUCCUAUUCCAUCGCUACAGAAUGGCUGAGUGUUGACCUUCACCGGAUAUCGAUUUCAUCGGAGAAAAAGCAGAUUCCACCGACAUCAGACAUGAGUUUGCUGCGAGGGCGCAUCCUGCAGGAGAUCGCGUGUAAGCUCUGCCAGCAAAAAUUAGGAGUUUUGUGUGCGCUGGACAAUGGCCCCAAUAUCUUUUGGAAACUCUCCAAAGUAGCUUUCAGGGAAAUUGUCACCAUGAGAACAGUGGAACCGGUUUUCAACGAAAGGGCGCUCGAACGUCUCCUACAUCCGCCGCCCAAAGAAUCCAGCUUGACCGGCUCGAGACGAGACAGAAACUCUAUCCAACCAGGAGCGCUGGUGCCAGCCGGCUCGUCGGAGGUGGAUGGUUAUAAUAUUUCUGUGUCGCAGCAGAUUCAAACCCAAGGCCUGAGCCUCGAUCAUAUCACGAGUUCCGUCAGCAAUUUACAUGAUACCAUGAGUGAGCUGAAGCAUGCGUUCACGGCCCUUCGGAUCGAGUUGAAUGUUCCCAACCGCUUUAGCUCGGAAACAGACAUCUCCAACGGCAACGAUUUCGAUAUGAUCAAAACAGUCUUGAAGGAACUCCGAGCGAAAUCAGAAGAGAUCGAAAGAUUGAAAUUGGAAAUGGAGGCACUGAGGCUGAAGAACCGGUUUAUGGAGGAACAAGCGGCGAAAAGUUCCCCCUCGACGCUGGCCAUCGAAACGACGCUUCCGCAAGUCCAGAGCCCAGGCCUUCUACAAGGAAGCAGAAAACGACCUUGGCCAGACUCAUUUCCCAGUGGUCGCACGCACCAAAUUGCCGACUCUUUUGAGGAUGACGAGGAUAUCUUUGAGAACAUGUCUUUGGCCGAUCCGCAGUCGGUGAAAAUUCCAUUAAAGGACCAUGAAACUAUGCCAUCCCUGACCAAUACGCCGCAAGACCAGACAACGCCAGGGUCAUCAAGGUUUCGUCUCGAAGUCAGUCAAUCGCGGCAGCAGUCUCCAUAUACUGAGAAUAUGGCAGAUACAAUACGUGAUUCUCAGUCGAGUCCACAACAGCAGCCCAUCGUCAAACGGCCGCGUCUCACACAGCAGCCGACGGACAAACCUCCAUCCAGCACAGGAACGGAGAAAAAAAAGGCAGGACGACCAAGGAAGUCAUUCUCCCAGGGUCCAAAGCCGGAAAUUCCACAAACACCUAAAGCGACACCAUUGAGCGAGCAAAACGCGAAUACCAACGGGAGUAACCAGAAGGAGAACCCCGCACUAAAUACAAGCCCGAGCGAACAUCACCAAAAAGGGAUUCGACCAACCCGCUCGAGGAGUAUACGCAGUCGAUCCCGACCACCAUCCAGUCGAAUAACCCGACAGUCUGAUGUAGGAGGUAAUCCUACAAAACCAGAUUCGCCACAGGGGGAGCAGAGUAAUGGUAACGGGCAGGCGCAUACGAAUAAUAAUGGCGAUAUCGAAACAGACCAAAAGCCAUCAUCGGGAAAAGAAAUUCCCCCACCAACCACUAACGGCGUCCAAGAACACGAGGAAAACCAUGAAAUCCAUAAGAAGCGCAAGGCACAGGUAGCCGCGCGGGAUACCAUGGCCCGACUGGCCAUGCAGCGGGAAGAAGCCAUGGAAACAGAGGAGUCUCGAUGAAUUUUUCAUUCUACCAAUGUAUUAUUUAUCUAUUUGGGUUUGCUUCGCCAUGAGGCUUUUUGUACAGAAGUAUUCUUCAUACACGAAAUUGAUCUAGACAUUUCU